CCUCGAAAAAGAAGGAUUUCAAAGUUCAUCCUGAGUCUGCUUCUAAAAAAAUAUUUAUUUGUCAACAUGUCAACACAAGUCCAUGACAAUGUCAAGCAAUAUUAUGGUUCUCGCCUGGAGUCCACCUGUGAUCUGCAGACCAAUGCUGCCUGCUCUCUAGCCUGCAGGCCAAUGCCCAAGAGUGCUAUAGAGGCCCUCAAUCUCGUUCACCCCGAAGUAACCAAACGGUUCUUUGGCUGUGGUCUUCCUGUUCCAGAGAAACUUCAGGGCUGCAGAAUCUUGGACCUGGGCAGCGGUUCCGGCAGAGACUGCUAUGCCCUCAGUAAACUGGUUGGCGAGACUGGCCAUGUCACAGGCAUUGAUAUGACUGAGGAACUGAUUCUAGUCUCCCGUAAAUACAUCCCAUACCACCAGGAGAAGUUUGGCUUUGAGAAACCCAACACCACCUUCCUCCAGGGGUAUAUGGAGAAGCUAACUGCAGCUGGCGUUGAGAAUGACUCUAUGGAUAUCAUAGUGUCAAACUGUGUCAUCUGUUUAUGCCCUGAUAAGAAAACGGUGCUACGUGAAGCCUAUAAGGUCCUCAAGGAGGGUGGUGAAUUAUACUACAGUGACAUGUAUGCCAGCAAUGUUGUUCCUGACCACUUAAAAGAAGAUUCAGUUCUGUGGGGUGAGGGAAUGGGCGGUUCCCUCUAUUGGCGCGACUUUAUCUCAUUGGUCCAGGAGGUGGGCUUCAGCACGCCUCACCUCAUCUCAGCCAGUCACAUUGAGGUCCACAACUGCGAGCUCAAAAAGAAAGCAGGUGAUAUUAGCUAUGCAUCUGGCACUUACCGGCUCUUCAAGUUGCCCAAAAAGCUUGAGAUGUCAAGUGCAAUAGUGACCUACAAGGGGACAGUGCCUGACUACCCAUGUCAGCUGGAGUUUGAGUCCUCCCACUGCUUCAAGAAGGACGUGGCGCUGCAGGUGGAUGGGGAGAUGGCUGCUAUCCUUCAGUGCUCUCGCUUCUCCUCGGACUUCUGCAUCCAGAAGUACGGCCACCUCAACCCAUUUCUGCUGGCCGAUAAGCUGGGCUCCUCAGUGAAGCAGUGCUCCAAAACAGGCAAAGCCGCAGGAGGCUGUGGGGAGACCUAACUACACCUGGAUGACAUCAUAUCCAUGAAGGAUCCUCCUCAGAGUGACAGGGUGUAUGUCCCAAUAGUCUCUCCUUCCUCCUGAAGUGUGCACUCAUUCAUUACUUUCCACAAAUCUAAAAUCAUUGGAUUGUUGUUGGCCUGGGCUAUUGGGAGUUUCCACCAUAUUUCUUAUACCAGUCAUUUCAUAACAGUGAAGGGAAGUGAACAAGUGCACUUGAAGGAGAGGUUAUUUGGAUCACCCAAUGUGACAGAAAAGACGUCAAUUUUGAUGUCCGUACCUAUGUAGCACAAAUUAUAUAAAAAGGGUUGUAGUGUUUCUUUUCAGACUGAAAAGCCUACUGUGCCUUGAAAUACUAUAUUUUCCUCCCAUGUCCAGCUCAUAGAUUUAAAUGGCAAUGGUUAUUUUAUUAUGUGACAUUUGGAGCAUUUCCUUGAUAAUACAUGAGACUGUAGCCUAUAUACUAACUUAUUUACACACUGAUGUGGACGCCUAAGGCCCGCCCAGUCAUUCAAUGUAAAAAUUAAAUUAGUAAAAAAAGA